AGGCUAUAGUAUCGAAUAUACAAUGAAAGCUUUCUCAACUUCUAUCGUAUUCGCACUACUCGCACUAUUCUUCCUCACAGGAUGCAGCAAGAAUAAGAAGACAACCGCCAAGCCGACGUCUCUCCAUUCUACGACUCACCACCCUACGACCAAACCAGCGACGACUACCAAAUCAGCGACGACUACUAAACCAGCGACGACCACCAAACCAGCGACGACUACCAAGCCAGCGACGACUACCAAACCAGCGACGACUACCAAGCCAGCGACGACUACCAAGCCAGCGACGACCACCAAACCAGCGACGACUAAGAAGACCCUGAAGUAAGCGUCGUUCCCCAGCGGCUCGCCGGUAGGAGGUCCACGGGCUUAUAUUCUGUUAUUUUCAUGUUCAACGAAUCGCUUAGUCGAAUUUUUGAGCAUUCCCAGUGCAACCCUUUGUACAGAGUUGCCCGAUUCUUUCAUUACGGAACGGCCUCCACAGUACUCCAAUAGUACGACUAUACCUCAAAUCGUAUAAAUAACUUUAUGAGUCCGAUGC